UGGCCCGGCCGCCGGGGCUGAAGGAGUGCGAGCUGCGGCCGCCGCUUCCCCCAGUCGCGGGCGGGGCCCGGCGCGGCCACGGCCUCCUGCAGCCUCAGAGCCGCCGGGACCGGCGCCCGCGCCUUGCUGCCCUGCGGCCGCCGGGGCCUCCUUUUGUUUAGCAAGUGCAUUUCACGCCCCGAGCUCCCGCCCGUCCCGUCGGUGCCCGCGGGCCAGAGUUUGCGGGGGGCCCAUGCGCCGGAGGAGGUGGUGAAGGAGGCGGCGGCGGCGGUGGAGGCCGGAGGGCUCAGCUCCUGCUGCGACCGACCGGCCGCAGGCAAGUGGCCGGCCCCUCUUGCUGCGAGGUGGACGCGGUCUCGGGCCAGGAAGUUGGACAAGUGUGGGCGCAGGGGCUCUCGGAGCAUUUUUGGCACGUUGGGGUGGUUGGAGUGGUUGGAUUUUCCCUGGAAUUGAGUGAGAAAUUCAGAAGACUGAAGCCCAGGCUUACUGUCUACCUUUCACGGAGGCCCAGCCGUGAGAGGACAGAAGAAGGCACGUGGCGAAUCAUGACAGCUGACAAAGACAAAGACAAAGACAAAGAGAAGGACCGGGACCGAGAUCGGGACCGAGAGAGGGAGAAGAGAGACAAAGCCAGGGAGAGCGAGAACUCCAGGCCCCGCAGGAGCUGCACCUUGGAAGGAGGAGCCAAGAAUUACGCUGAGAGUGAUCAUAGCGAAGAUGAGGACAAUGACAACAACAGUGCCACCACGGAGGAGUCCACGAAGAAGAACAAGAAGAAGCCCCCGAAAAAAAAGUCUCGGUAUGAAAGGACAGACACUGGCGAGAUAACAUCGUACAUCACUGAGGACGACGUUGUCUACAGACCAGGAGACUGUGUGUAUAUCGAGAGUCGGAGACCAAACACACCGUAUUUCAUCUGUAGCAUCCAAGACUUCAAACUGGUCCACAACUCCCAGGCCUGUUGCAGAUCUCCAACUCCUGCUUUGUGUGACCCCCCAGCAUGCUCUCUGCCGGUGGCAUCACAGCCACCACAACAUCUUUCUGAAGCCGGGAGAGGGCCUGUAGGGAGUAAGAGGGACCAUCUCCUCAUGAACGUCAAAUGGUACUACCGUCAGUCUGAAGUUCCAGAUUCUGUGUAUCAGCAUUUGGUUCAGGAUCGGCAUAACGAAAACGAUUCUGGAAGAGAGCUCGUCAUAACAGACCCAGUGAUCAAGAACCGAGAGCUCUUCAUUUCUGAUUACGUCGACACGUACCACGCUGCCGCCCUUAGAGGGAAGUGUAACAUCUCCCAUUUUUCUGACAUAUUUGCUGCUAGAGAGUUUAAAGCCCGAGUGGAUUCAUUUUUCUACAUAUUAGGCUACAACCCUGAGACAAGGAGGCUGAACAGCACCCAGGGAGAAAUUCGUGUUGGUCCUAGCCAUCAGGCCAAACUUCCGGAUUUGCAACCCUUCCUUUCUCCCGACGGUGACACUGUGACCCAGCACGAAGAACUGGUUUGGAUGCCUGGAGUCAAUGACUGUGACCUCCUUAUGUACUUGAGGGCAGCGAGGAGCAUGGCGGCAUUUGCAGGGAUGUGCGACGGCGGCUCCACGGAGGAUGGCUGUGUCGCUGCAUCUCGGGAUGACACGACGCUCAAUGCCCUGAACACGCUCCAUGAAAGCGGUUAUGAUGCCGGCAAAGCCCUGCAGCGCCUGGUGAAGAAGCCCGUGCCCAAGCUGAUUGAGAAGAGCUGGACCGAGGAUGAAGUGAAACGCUUCGUUAAGGGGCUCAGGCAGUACGGCAAGAACUUCUUCAGAAUUAGAAAGGAGCUGCUUCCCAAUAAGGAAACAGGAGAGCUGAUCACCUUCUACUACUACUGGAAGAAAACCCCCGAGGCGGCCAGCUCCCGGGCACACCGCAGGCACCGCCGGCAGGCCGUGUUCAGGAGGAUCAAGACCCGCACCGCGUCCACGCCCGUCAACACGCCCUCCAGACCCCCAUCCAGUGAAUUCUUGGACCUGAGUUCUGCCAGCGAGGAUGACUUCGACAGCGAGGACAGCGAGCAGGAGCUGAAGGGGUACGCGUGCCGCCACUGCUUCACCACCACCUCCAAGGACUGGCACCACGGGGGCCGGGAGAACAUCCUGCUCUGCACCGACUGCCGCAUUCAUUUCAAGAAGUACGGCGAGCUGCCCCCCAUCGAGAAGCCCGUGGACCCCCCACCAUUUAUGUUCAAACCUGUCAAAGAGGAGGAGGAUGGGCUCAGCGGGAAACAUAGCAUGAGGACACGGCGGAGUCGUGGCUCGAUGUCUACACUGCGCAGUGGUCGAAAGAAGCAGCCAGCCAGCCCUGAUGGUCGAGCCUCGCCCAUCAAUGAAGACAUCCGCUCGAGCGGCCGGAACUCCCCCAGCGCUGCCAGCACCUCCAGCAAUGACAGUAAAGCGGAGACGGUGAAGAAGUCGGCCAAGAAGGUGAAGGAAGAAGCCUCGUCCCCUCUUAAGAGCACCAAGCGCCAGCGGGAGAAGGUGGCCUCUGAUACGGAUGAGGCUGACAGGACCAGCUCCAAAAAGACGAAAACCCAGGAGAUCAGCCGGCCCAACUCACCUUCUGAAGGCGAAGGAGAGAGCUCGGACAGCCGCAGUGUCAACGAUGAGGGCAGCAGCGACCCCAAAGACAUCGACCAGGACAAUCGCAGCACGUCCCCCAGCAUCCCCAGCCCCCAGGACAACGAGAGUGACUCAGACUCCUCGGCCCAGCAGCCGAUGCUGCAGGCCCAGCCCCCAGCCCUGCAGGCUCCCAAUGGGGCCGUUCCAGCCCCCUCCUCCGCUCCUCCGGGAACCACCCAGCUUCCUACGCCGGGGCCCCCGCCCUCGGCCGCUGCAGGCCCUUCACAGGGCUCCCCCUCGGCCUCCCAGCCCCCUAGCCAGCCGCAGGCUCCCUCGGCUCCUGCCCCCCACACCCACAUCCAGCAGGCACCCGCCCUGCACCCGCAGCGCCUGCCCUCACCGCACCCCCCGCUGCAGCCUCUGAGCGGGCCGGCCGGCCAGACCUCCGCGCCGCCGCACACCCAGCCCCCGCUGCACGGUCAGGGCCCGCCUGGUCCUCACGGCCUCCAGGCCGGGCCCCUGCUGCCGCACCCCGGCCCCCCUCAGCCCUUUGGCCUCCCCCCGCAGGUCUCCCAGGCGGCGGCUCACGCUCAUGCCGCCCUGCAGCCCCCAGCCUCCCAGGCGGCCCUGCCGCCCCAGCAGCCCCCGCGGGAGCAGCCCUUGCCCCCGGCGCCCUUGGCCAUGCCGCACAUCAAGCCCCCGCCCACGACGCCCAUCCCGCAGCUGCCCGCGCCCCAGGCCCACAAGCACCCGCCCCACCUCUCGGGGCCCUCGCCCUUCUCCAUGAACGCCAACCUCCCGCCCCCUCCAGCCCUGAAGCCCCUGAGCUCCCUGUCCACGCACCACCCGCCCUCGGCCCACCCGCCCCCGCUGCAGCUCAUGCCUCAGAGCCAGCCGCUGCCCUCUUCCCCCGCCCAGCCCCCCGUGCUCACCCAGAGCCAGAGCCUGCCCGCCGCUGCCGCCGCCGCCUCGCACCCCCCUGCCGGCCUCCACCGGGCCCCCCAGACCCCCUUCGCCCAACACCCCUUUGUCCCUGGCGGCCCUCCACCCAUCACGCCUCCGGCUUGUCCCGCCACCUCCACCCCUCCGGCGGGCCCCAGCCCCUUGGCCCAGCCGCCCUGCGCCGCCGCCGUUUCUUCGGGCGGUAGCGUCCCUGGGGGGGCGGCCUGUCCGCUCCCCACCGUCCAGAUCAAGGAAGAGGCUCUGGACGAUGCGGAGGAGCCCGAGAGCCCCCCGCCCCCGCCUCGGAGCCCGUCCCCCGAGCCCACGGUGGUGGACACCCCCAGCCACGCCAGCCAGUCGGCCAGGUUCUACAAACACCUGGACCGGGGCUACAACUCGUGCGCGCGGACGGACCUGUACUUCAUGCCUCUGGCGGGGUCCAAGCUGGCCAAGAAAAGGGAGGAGGCCAUCGAGAAGGCCAAACGCGAGGCCGAGCAGAAAGCCAGAGAGGAGCGCGAGCGGGAGAAGGAGAAGGAGAAGGAGCGCGAGCGGGAGCGCGAGCGCGAGCGGGAGGCAGAGCGCGCGGCUAAGGCGUCCAGCUCAGCGCACGAAGGCCGCCUCAGCGACCCCCAGCUCGGCGGGCCCGGCCACAUGCGGCCGUCCUUCGAGCCGCCGCCGACCACCAUCGCGGCCGUGCCCCCGUACAUCGGGCCCGACACGCCGGCCCUCCGGACCUUGAGCGAGUACGCUCGGCCGCACGUCAUGUCGCCCACCAACCGCAACCACCCCUUCUACAUGCCCCUCAACCCCACCGACCCCCUGCUGGCCUACCACAUGCCCGGUCUCUACAACGUGGACCCCACCAUCCGCGAGCGCGAGCUCCGCGAGCGGGAGAUCCGGGAGCGCGAGAUCCGGGAGCGCGAGUUGCGGGAGCGGAUGAAGCCGGGCUUUGAGGUGAAGCCCCCGGAGCUGGACCCCCUGCACCCAGCCGCCAACCCCAUGGAGCAUUUCGCCCGGCACAGCGCCCUCACCAUCCCCCCUGCCGCUGGCCCCCACCCUUUUGCGUCCUUCCACCCCGGCCUGAAUCCCUUGGAGCGGGAGAGACUGGCCCUGGCGGGCCCCCAGCUCCGGCCAGAAAUGAGCUACCCGGACAGACUGGCGGCCGAGCGCAUCCAUGCCGAGCGCAUGGCAUCCCUGACCAGCGACCCCUUGGCCCGGCUGCAGAUGUUCAACGUGACCCCGCACCACCACCAGCACUCCCACAUCCACUCGCACCUGCACCUCCACCAGCAGGAUCCCCUUCACCAAGGUUCAGCAGGCCCAGUUCAUCCGCUGGUUGACCCCCUGACCGCUGGCCCUCACCUGGCUCGCUUUCCUUAUCCUCCUGGUACCCUCCCCAACCCUCUGCUUGGACAGCCCCCUCACGAGCACGAGAUGCUUCGCCAUCCAGUCUUUGGCACCCCCUACCCCCGAGACCUGCCUGGGGCCAUCCCACCCCCGAUGUCAGCGGCCCACCAGCUCCAGGCCAUGCACGCCCAGUCAGCCGAGCUGCAGAGACUGGCCAUGGAGCAGCAGUGGCUGCAUGGACACCCCCACAUGCAUGGCGGCCACCUACCCAGUCAGGAAGAUUACUACAGUCGACUGAAGAAAGAAGGUGACAAGCAGUUAUAAGUUAUUUAUUUGUUAACGCUGGCUGUGGAAACCCCAAUUCUUGGGGGGAGAAACAGGACUUUUUACAUACAGUAGGAGCUACAAAAGCAAAAAGAAUAUCUUCUAAAGAUUUCUUUCUCUAUUUAAACCCCACACUGAGAAUGUAUCAGCGUGACGAUAGUGUUCGUUUGUAGCGAGGAUUCCUUGAGACUGGUCGGGUCCCCUGCAUGACGGUCCCCAGAAACUUAGUGAGGCCUGGACUGGACAUUCAGAAAACGCCCCUGCAGUCUUGGGGUUUGGCUUUAGUUUGCUUUUCCUUCCUUGAUUUCUUCAGUAGGUGCUAGACUCCAGUUCACACCCGUCACUGUGCGUGCAGACACACUCAGUCGCGUGUGUUCCAGAACCCACAAGGUUUGCAGAUAGGCAGCAUAUGAGUUUGGAAUCCAAGAGCUAUAAUUUUUAAAAAAAAAUCUUUUAUUUUAAUACAUUGUAGGAAAUCUUCAUAAUUUGAGAAAAUUCUGCAGCAUGGCUUUUUACGUCUGUAAAUACGUUUAGAACAGCCUUUUUUUUCUUCCACAAACAACUAUUCUGAUCUAUUUUUUUCCAGCCAUGUCACUAAUUGUGAAUUCCUACCAGCUAUUGACAGGAUACAGAGUUGAUUUUUUAAUAAAAAGUUAUAUAUAAUUAUCCCUUUAAUUAAAGGGAACAGAUAGACGUUACUAGUUACCAGCGGGCAGAAGCGUGGGACUAGGUUUGGGCGCAGCAGGGAGCAGCCCGGGGUUCGCAGGGACAGUUUGACAAACUAUUUCUUUGUUUUGCUGCUUUGGUCCUCACUUCCGUCUGGUCCCGGCUCGGGCCCUGCCGGGGGGCAGACAGCUGUUAGCUCGAACCUCGCGUUUUGCACCAGGAGCGCAGGAGGUGGCGUCCCCCGUGCUGUCUCUGUGGGGUCGAAAGCACAGGUUUCUGUGUGUCUGAGUCUAGACUUCCUUAUGGAUUUCUAUGCACACACAUUUGAUUGUUCUGGAUGAACUGUCUUUUUUAAUAUUGGACAAUUUCAGAAAUGUUCUAGAAAAUUCAAGAAAACGAUUCCCUAAGUCACUCAGCAUACAUGCUUGCCAAAGGAAGCUGGUUUAAAAAAAAAAAAAAAAAAUUGCUUUUCCGCACGUUCUCAUUGUUUGGAUCUUGGGAGGCCAGGCUGCCCUGGCCACAGCUGCUUGGGAGCGAGGGAGGUCCCGGAGCAGGCAGGGCUGUGCACGGUGGCCUGUGUGUCACCCCAGGAGCAGUGACCCAUGCUGGACGGACAGGCACAUGGUCUGGCCCUUGCUCCUGGAAGUGGGAUGGGAGUCCCAGGCGCAGACACGGAGCAGGAAGGCAGGCCGCUCCGCAGGGCCGGCCUCUGCUGCCCGAGUUGCCCACUUUCUCCAGAGCAGAGGGCGGCCCUGUACCUGCUGAGCACACUUUCUGCCGGCUGUGACCCCUUCUGUUUCUGCUGUCGUGUGCAGCGGUCACGUCCGAGAGAGGUCAGCGAGCACGAGAUGACGCCCACGGGUCAGUGGACAGGCUGCGUGUCCCGCGCCAAGCCUCAGAGGGGGUGGGAGGAGAGGCUGGCGCUUUGAGCCAGAAACCAGCAGGUCUUAGGUCAGAUUCAGGUUCUGGAUUCAAACCCGCACCAAGGGCAUUCCCAGCGUCUAUCAGAACCGGGUUUGGUUUCAGUUGGGACAGAUGGAGGGUUGUUUUGUCUGUUGAAACUGUUUGUAGUUUUUUUCCUUUCGUUCUCUCUCAUUCCAUUUCUGCCUUAAUUUUGGCUCCGUGGCGGGGAGGCAAGCCCAAACCAACACUUUGUCAUCGCUGUAGUGGUCGCGUUGUGCCCCCGGGGCCAGUGACGUGCCAUUGGGGUGGGCUCUGAGCCAGACUCCUGCCCGGCACCCCGCCUGCCCACCUGCCCCAUUUCCCUUGCCCUCGCGGUAGAGCCUGCGGCCUGCCAACCAGUUAAACCUUCUUCAGCUCCUCUCUCGAUCAUCCGUCUUUCCAAAGAAGAGAGAGGGACAUACUUUGAAGUCUGUACUUGAAAACCGUCUGAAGGUGUUUUCUCCCCACUCCCCAGGUGAAGCACUGAGACUCUUCCACCCCCCCGGCCCCCGCCCCCCGCCCCCGGUCCGCUGCCGUGUGUUUAGGAGGCCCCAGACCUUCACGGUGUCUUCGAGGCCCGACCCCUGGGUUUCCUUUGGGGUUUCCUUCCUUCGUUUGGAGUUGGGUUUUGCUUUUCUGUGUUUUCUAUGUAUCUUGUUCAAUGUGUCGAGGUGGAGCUUCACUGCAGCAGGAGCAGAGCAGAGUGUACAUUCUGAUUUGCUACGUUUAUAUAUAUCUUGAAGCUAAAUGUAUAUAUGAGUAGUUUGCCAUGAGAUAACACAGUGUAAACAGUAGACACCCAGAAAUUGUGACUUCUGUGUUCUCUCCAUUUGAGUAUUUUGUAAUUUUUUUGAAAUAUUUGUGGACAUAAAUAAAAUGAAGCUACACUACAAGGA